CGGAGGAUUCCCGACCUUAUCGCCCUUAUCUUCUAGGACCGUGCCAUAGAUAGUAAAUGAACCAUAAAAUAUAGAUAUCGAUCAUUCAAUCAUUCGGGGCUGCCGCCGCUGUAAUCACCACGAUAAUAGUAAUAAGUAGUAACGUUUCGGUUCCCGCAACAUUUACAAUUUUAUAGUUGUAUUAUCGAAGUCUCGGUGCUUACUCUGCUCGUGUACUUGAAUAUAUGAUGUUCUUUACGUGGUCUUCCCAGUGAACGCUUCCAAAGGACCCAGAGACGUCGUUGACAAAUCCAGUGGUUUUUUCAUGACCUCUCUCCAUUAAACCACAUGUCCUAAAUGAAGAGUAAGUGUAUUAUGCAUUUGUUUGUACCCGGUACUAUUUGAACUCGCUAAUUUGUUGUUGGACAUUUUUUAGAAAACCGAAAAUUGUACGGAAGCAUUUCUUUUAUCUAUGUUUAAUGGCUUAGUAUAUUAUAAAUUGAGUAGGUAUAUCGAAAUAGUUGUCGUUUGACUUUACAGUCAAUGUUCAGUCCAUACUUUAUCUUGACUCAUGUAUCUUUUGUCAGACCAAAAGUUUUUCGAUUAGAACUACCUAAGCACUUCGGGUACAUAUUCCCUUAACAUCUGUUUCUUAUCUCUGCUGGUUUUUUCACAGUUUGUUCAAUCAAUUAUUAGGUAUUUUACAGUUUUGUACAAGACCACUGAUUAUUAAAAAACCUACGAUUUAAGAGUAUCUUAGGUUCAUGGUUCAAACAUUAACAUCUGAUCAAUUAACAAAUCUAAUUAUUAUACGAUUAUGUGAGUAAUAAUAAUAUGUUGAUAGUCAUCAUAUGAUUACAUUGAUACAGAGUCUAGUGUAAUGAGUGACUCAACAUUAUAUCGCUUACUUGUUUUUCAUUUUAAAUUCCUAUCUACUUCAAAAAUGGAAAAAAUUGUAAUUUCUCGAAAUAAAUAGAUAAUUUUUUCACUUUUUUAAUAUUGUUUAUUUUACAACUUUAUCCUUUUUAUACUUUCGUUUUGUAUUGGUUGCUUUUAUAUUUUAUCAUUUAAAUAAUAUUUAAGUCAAGUAGGCGUGUUAACAUAAUACUUACUUACCUACCUAUUAUUUCAUAUUAUAAUGUACAUUGAUUGAUUUGUAUUAAUAUCUAAUAUUAUUUAAUUUUUCUGCAAUAGAAUAACAGCAAAACAUUUUAAUAAUCAAAAUGGAAAUUGAACAAAUGGUUUACGAAACGCUCUUGCAAGCAAGCAGUCAACAUCCUGAUAUGUUAAAACCGGCCGAGCAAAAACUCAAAGAAUGGGAAGUUGAACCAGGAUUUUAUUCAGUGUUAUUUGUAAGAACUUAACUUUAUUUUGGGUAAUAUUAAAUUUUGUAUGUAAAUAAAUGAUAAUUAAUCAUUUUUAGAGAAUAUUUUCCAAUCAAUCAUUGGAUCUAAAUGUUCGUUGGAUGUCAAUUUUAUAUUUCAAACAAGGUGUUGAAAAAUAUUGGAGGAAAAACCUUCAACAGUAUGUAUUAAAUUAUUUUUCUAGUUAUCAGAUAUUUGAAAAUUUAAAUAUUUACCUUUUUUUUUAUUUUAAGUGGCAUAUCCGAACAAGAAAAAGUUACCUUAAGAAAAAUGUUACUAACAAAUUUGUCAGAACCAGUUCCACGACUUGCUACUCAAGUUAGCGUAAUUAUUGGCAGAGUUGCAAGGUCAUUAAAAUUUUCAAAUUGUAUAAUAAUAAUUAUAAAUAAGUUUUAUUUUGCCUAUUAUCAAAUAAUUUUUGUUUUAAUUUUCAGUCUUGUAGAUUUACAAUUAUUUAAAAUCCAUGCUUUAAUUAAGUCAUUUGUAUAAUUUUUUUUUUAAUAUUAAAAAAGCAAUAUAUAUUUUUACUAUAACUUUUAUGACUGAUGUAUUUGCAUAGUGGAUAUUCGCUAUUUGUGGAUACUCACCGCUUAAAGAGAAUGAAGUACUCAUACAAAUAUUAGUUUAUGGUAUUUGUUGUCUAUUGGCACUUUUCCCCUAUGAAUUGUUGAGAAUGUGACACAAAUAAAAAUAAAUUCAUUACCAAAAUAGAUAUUUGUUGGUUAAUUUUCACAAUGUGAUUAAUAUUUUCCAAUUCCCCAUUUGAUUUUCUAUAGUUUCUUGAGAUUCUUAUAUCUGCGUAAUAAUUGCGAUUCACUUGCAGACAAAUAAUUGCAUUUUUAAUUUAUCUUUGAUGUGGUGCAUGAUUUAUAGCAUGAGCGGCCAAACUAUUUUUGGUAGAGAUCUACUUAGAAUAUAUUUUUUUUUUUGAGGAUCGACUUCCUAACAAAAAUGUAUAAUUAUAAAUUACUUAAUAGAUAUAAAUUACAAACAUGCACGUAUAAAUAAUAAACUUAGAUUAUAAACUUGGUAUAUAGUUAAAAAAUGUUUUUCAUCACACUAUUAUUAAGACUAAUAUAAUGGAUGUUAUUAUAAAUAGAAUUGCCAGUAUAAACGCUAUUGAAUUGUAUUACUUGAUACAUUUAUAACAAAAUAAUGAUAGGCAAUAUAUUAACAAAAAAUUAUCAAAAUUAAGAUUUAUUUACUAAUUAUAUAAAAAUAGAUUCUAACAAAGGAGAGAUCGACAUUUAAAUCAUCUGCGAUCUACCAGUCAAUCGCAAUCGUCCGUUUGGCCACCCCUGAUCUAUAUAUAAUUAUCCUAUCAAAUGGCAUGCUGUACAUUAAAAUAAUUUAAUUUUCAGAUUGGAUUGGCCAUAUGACUGGGAAGAUUUGAUGCCAGAACUUAUGGAACGUAUUAAAUACGACACACAAAAUCGUGCAUUAUUGUCCAUGCACCAUGUAGUCAAAUCAUUAGCAGGUAAACGCUUAUAUGAUAGUAUUCGAUUAUUCCAAGAUGCUUCCAGCCAACUCUUCCCGAAUUUUCAUAGUCAUUGGGAACAAAGAACAGAUACUUUUAUCAAAGAGGUAAAUAUGAAUGUAACAAGACUGAAAUUGACAUAAAUUGAAAAACACAUGUUAUUAUACAGAUGGAACAUGGCAAUGUAUCGCCUUCGGUAGCUAAACUUUUAGAAGAUGCAUUUUAUACUCAAAAAAUUUUAUCUAAUUUUGUAUUAUAUGGUUUUAAAUCACCUUAUCCAGACGAUGUAAAACGAUUUAUAUUAGCUAUUUUUAACAAAGUCAGACCAAUUGUCGCUUGUCGUAAGUAAAAAUUACAUUUUUAUCAUGAUUAAACUAAAAUUGUUAAUAUAUUUUUAUUCCUAGGUGUUUACUAUCCUGAUUUAGUAGAAAAAUUUGUUUGUCGUAUGUUUAAAAUGUUAAUGGCAAUUAUAGAAGACCAUCCAGCUGAAUACCUGGAUUUUAUUCAGCCAACUGUUGAGUUAGCCUAUUCUUACGGAUUCACUCCUGAUGGAAAUAAUAUUGUUUUUGAAAGAUUUUUAAUUCAGCUUUUCAACCUUACCAAAUUAAUAUUAAUCUGUCCACAAUAUAAGUUACCUCGUACAAAUGGUCCUGUUUGUCAAAUGGAUGGUGAGCUUUUCAUGAUAAUAAUGUUAAUUACUUAAUUCUUGUAAAAAGAAAUAUUGGGUAGAUACCCAAAAAUCAGUUUGAUUUCAAAUUUAUCAGUAAAUAUUAGUUAUACUUAAUAUACUUAAUUGCUGCUUUUCUUGUCAUACUUAAUUUCUACUAAAUGUCACAGAAUAAAUUUAAAUUAUUUUAUAUCCACUUUACUUUUAUCGCCAACGGUGAUGUGAAUAAAUUUUAAUCAAAUUCUGGUUUAAAAAAUCAUACAUUUUUUCUUUGAUAUUGCUUUUAUUUUUGUUUUUCCGACAUCACCAAUUUCAAUAAUAUUGACAAUUUAGGACACUUAUAAUAUAACUGCAGUUUACCUAAUAUAUUUUUGUACUUUUAAUUUUUAAUAUCAACCCACUAUUAUGUUAUAUAAUAAUUAAUUAUUAUAUAAUAAAUAUUAAAUAACUAUAUAUAAAUAUUAUUUAGAUGAUGCAAAAAGAGUAUCUUCCAUAGCAGCCCAACAUAAAGCUGCUGUUUUCAAAUCUGAUAGAUUAAUGAUCAUGUGUCAACAGUUAAUUUAUAAGUAUUUUUUAUUAACACCAGCAGAAUUAGAAAUAUGGGAUAGUGAUCCUGAAAUGUUUGGUAAGUUAUUUAUCAUUAUUAUUAAGUAAAUUUUAUAAUUUAUAUUAAAAUUAAAUUUCUUAUUCAUUUUUAUAGCUACUGACGAAGUAGGAGAGUAUUGGAAGUAUAAUUUAAAAGUAAUAGUGGUGUUUUAGAACAUUUAAUCUUUGAUUAAAUGAAUCUAAUAAAUAAAAUAAAAUUACAUAUUUUAGGCUUGUACAGAAUCAUUAUUCAUGUCAUUAUUCCACGAAUUCAGGGAAUUGUUGACACCUAGACUUGCAGCGACUAUAGAGUCAAACAGGGAGUUUGUUGAUCCUACAAACUUAGAAGCAGUAUUGAAAAAAGAUGCCAUUUAUAAUGCGUUUGGACUUACUGCGUUUGAAAUGUUUGAUAUUGUAAUUAUAAAAUUGAUUAAUUAAUCAUUUAUUUAUAUAAGAUGAUUAAUUUACUCUCUAUUAAUCAUUUUAAGGAUAAUGAGAAUUUUUAUCUAUUUAUAAAAGAAAAAUAAUAAAACAUUAAAAUCUAUAAAGGUCUAAUGACUAAAGUAUUUUUUAUUCGACUAUUAAAUGUUUCUUUUUAUUGUUUAUGUUAGAUAAAUUUUGAUGACUGGUUCAAUACAACCUUACGUCAAGAACUAAUGGAAACCCGGGGUCAUUCACGUGUAUUAAAGAGACGUGUGGCUUGGUUGAUAGGUCAAUGGCUUACAGUUAGACUUAAUCCAGAAUAUAGACCAGAACUUUACAACAUACUAAUUGGACUUUUAAAUCCUGAACAAGAUAUGGCUGUACGAUUAGCUGCUACGUCCACUUUGCGUUGUGCAAUCGAUGACUUUGAUUUUAGUUCCGAGCAUUUCAUUGAAUACUUGGAACCUAUGGCAUUAUCAUUAUAUAAACUUUUAGUCAGUGUACGAGAAUGUGAUACAAAGGUUUGACUGAUAUCUUAAUGCUAUUUAAAAUACUAAUAUUAAAUUUAAUAUGUGUUAUGUGUAUAUACAUAGUUAAAUGUACUGCACGUUAUGUCGUUUAUGGUAGAACGAUUAGGUCCAAUGGUUGAGCCAUAUUUUGACUCGUUACUUCAGUAUUUGCCAAAAUUAUGGACAGACUCUGAUGACCAUCAUAUGUUACGUUGUGCCAUUAUUUCCACAUUGACACAAAUUGUUCGAGUACGUAAUACAAUAUUUACUAAUAUAUUAAUAUUAUAAAUUGAUCAACUUUAUAUUAUUUAAAAACAGAUUUUAUAUAUAUUUCAAUUUUGUUUUAUUUUGUCAUAUUAGGCUAUUCGAACAAAAAGUGUAGAGCUCACACCGUUUUUAGUUCCUAUCAUACGAUACAGUGUAGAUGUCAAGGAAAAAGCAUAUAUUUAUCUACAAGAAGACGGUCUUGAACUUCUUUUGUCUUAUAUUGAGUCUUGUGCAACAUACAAUGAUGAUAUGCUAAGUUUAAUUAAUUAUCUUCUUCCUUUACUUGGUAAACCUAUUUGUGAGGGUUGGUUUUGUCUUAAUGAUUUUGUUAAUAUUAAUUAAAUUUUUACAUGACAGAUUAUUCAACUGAAAAUCUGAAAACUGGUUUUAUGAUACUUGAAGCAUAUGUUCUAAUUGCUCCAGAAAGAGUUAUUUCAGUAAGUGUUAAUUUUUUAAUAAAAAAUCUUAUGAUUUGAAGAAAAAAAAAUGUUAAUUCAUGUUUAAAAACGAGCUGAUACCGGGGAUGGGAGCGGCCACUGUUGUAGGUGAGAAGUUGGGUAGUUAGGCUAUAUAAGGUUAUUUCAUUUAUAUUUGUAAGCAACAAUAAACCAUUGCUUGACAAAAGACGAUUCCGAGCGCAUGUUUUGAAAGGUCAUAUAAUAUUUAUGAUUUUUGUCAAAAUUUAAUACUAGAGCACUAAAAUCUGAAAUUAAAACAUAAUAGGUAUUAUAUUAUUAAAUUAAGUGUAUAUAGUUUAUUAUUUCAUUAGGUCAUUUUAACAAAUACAAAACAUUUAUUUUAAUAUUUCAUUUUGGACAUCAAACUUUAAUUUUCAUGAACUAAAUUUGAAGUUGGUAUAGUGUGGGUAUAGUUUUUUUUCAUUUUUCCAAACUCAUUUUACUUGAAUCUGCAUUAAACUUAAAACAAAUUAGAUAAUUUACAAUGUGUGCAAAUUAUUUUAACCUCUACACAGUGAUAAUGCAAUAAUUUUCACAGAGAAUUUUAAGUGAAUUUAAUUACUUUUUAAUAAACUUCAUAUCCAUUUUUAUAUAAUUAAUUACUUAUCCUUCUAUAUUCCUCCAGCCUAAACUUAAAUAUUAGUGAUGUAAUUAGUAUAUCAAAUUAUCUCCUAACCUGUCUACUUUCUAUCAAACCAAAAAUGUUUGAAUAAAUUAUAUCUAAAAAAAAUAACACUGUUGCUUUCUCUACAAUUAUCUAUUGACCAGCUUGAAUUUAUAAGGGGAAAAAAUUUGUACCUAACAUUUUAAUUUUGUUUGUAAAUAUCUUUAUUAAUUCUAAAGAUUUUGUUUCCCUAGGAAUACGGUACUCAAUUAUUCAAUUUGACUACAUCCUUAAUGAAUGAUUUAAAAGAUGAAGGAAUUGUUUGUAUAUUAUCAUUAUAUGAAACAAUUAUAAAAGUAAAUGUACCUCAGACUAUUGAGUUAAUGAUGAUCGUUUUGGGACAAAACUUAAAGUAAUACUAUACAUUUCGAAUAAUGUAAAAAUUAUUUUAUAUUAAUAUAUAUGUAUAUAUAUAUAUAUAUAUAUAUAUAUAUAUAUAUAUUUAUAUUUAUAUUUUAAUGUUUAGGUCUUUGUGCUCAGGUGAAAUAGGAUUAACAGUAAACAGUUGCCGUUUAUCUUUGAUUUCUAGAGUGAUAUUGAAUGAUACAACUAUUUUUAUUCGAGUAAUACACUAAAUUUUUUUUUAAAUCUAUUUUUGCAAUUUAUUUAAUUUUUCAAUGUUCAAUAGGUUGUGGAACAUUUAUGUAUGUCUGAAAAUGGUAAUUUGAUACAUUUUGAUAAUGUACUUAGUAGAAUAAUUGAAGUUUGGUUAGAAAGAAUGAAUCAAAUUGUACAAAAUGAUAGAAGAAAAUUAUUAGGUCUUGCUUUAGCGUCACUUUUAACUUGUCAAAAGAAGUAAGUUAUUUGAUUAUACAAAGCAUCACAUCAUAUAUAAAUUUAAAAAUAACUAGUAAUAAUAAUAAUAAAUUAUUAUGUAUAUACCUUUUUUUUUUAUGUUUAUAUAUAGACCAAUUUUACAGUUAUUUAAAGAAAUUAUAACUGUAUGUGUUGAAACAUUAAACGAUAUAAUGAGAAAGACUGAUGAUGGAAUUUAUGCGGAGUAAGUAGAUCAAUAAUAAUAUAAUAAAUAAGAAUAACUUAACAACAUUAAACGUGAUAUUAAAUUAUAAACUAUAUUUUCUCUGAAUUUAAUUUCUAUGCUUGAUAAAAAAUCAUAAACCAAAAUACUUAAUUUAUUAUAGAUUGAAUUUUAUAAUUUUGUUAAAUUCGGUCAAUAAAUUGAAGAUACCAUUCUUGUAUAUUUUUGUUACACUACAAAAACAAAAUUAUCCGACUGUUUAACUUCUUUCCAGAACUUUUUUAUAUUUAUAAAUAUUUGGAAAAUUAUAAAGUUAACUAAUUAUUUGAUUAUUUUAAUCAUUAUCUACUCAAUUUAUUUAAAAUAGAAAUCGGCUUCCCUAAUUAUAAUUAAUAACUAAUAAUAAUGUUUGUAAGUCUUAGUAACAAGAGAACCUUAAUUUAAUUUUAAAAAACAACAUUAGUUGAUUGUAUGAAAUAAUAUGUGUAUUAUGCAUAAUAUGAUUUAUUGUUCUAUUUCAUUUUUAAUUAUUUAUUAACAGUUCCAUGUUAAUGACUGAUGAUUGUUCAAAUGUAAGCUCACGAGCAAAUUCUGAGUGUGAAUAUCAAUAUGAAACAGAACAUAAUGAAAGGCAAAGGUGUUUGUCACUUAAAGACCCUGUACAUUGCAUCCCAUUCCAUAAAUACUUACAAUCUCAGGUGAGUACACUUUUUUUUUCUUAUUAGUGGUUAGGCGUAUGUCUUAAGAAAGGGCCUUUUAUCACAAACCUGAUAGACAGUGCUUCGAGUAAGUUAGUGUUAUAAGUGUAUACCUAAUACCUACUACCUAGUUAUUGAAAAACUUAAUCUAUCUGUUAGCCCAAACCUGAUACUGUUCCAAAGAAGUUAGUGUCCUAAGUGUCCUAACCUAAAAACUUAUGAAAAACAUUAAAACUUGUUUUAUGAUUGAUAAAUUCAAACUAUAACCUACUUAUUCUUAACUCAUAUGUUGUCUUAUUCUCUAUUAAUAUUUGAAUUAUUGUUUGUUAUUAUUAUUAUUGUUGUUUCUGUUUUGUUCUUUAGCUGUUAGCAUUACAAAACCAAGUUGGAGAGCAACAGUUCCAAUGUAUGCUCAUCUCCAAAGUUGACAAUGAUAUACUAGAACAACUCUACUUGUACAUGUAGAGUAACAAAGCCAAACAUAUUCACGUCUAUUUCCCAUUCUGCUGCCUACUUUGCCCUUUUACACAAAAUUGCAUUAUAUUCUAAAGUGUCUACUAUAAAAUGUAAUAGGUAAACUAGUUAAAUUUAAAUAUUAACUAGGAUCUAUUAUUUUAUCAAAAUUGCAUAGUUUAUAUUAUAACCAGUAAAGUUGUAUGUAUUUCAAUUUAUUUUUUUGGACUACAACUAAUAUAGUAAUGGCCUACCGGGACAGAUCUAUUCUCUCAUAUGGUCCCAAUAUUCUGAAUUCUCUAAUUAACUUAUUUGGUGUGGUUGGUUACACAGUCAUAUAAUCCCACACCCAUUUUAUGAUUAUUUGUAAUUUGCCAUUGAUCUAAUGAGAAUAAUAUAUACUAGUCAUUAAUGAAUAGUAUUGAAGUUGAUUAAUUAUAAUUAUUUUAUUAGUGGUGGCAAAUAUCCAUGUACAUUUUAAAUAGAUUGAAGUAUUUCUCUUCUUGGUGUCUAUUUAUGCACUCAUUUAUUUGGUUAAGCAAUUUGUAAUGGAAAAAUGUCUUUUUACAUACAGAACACAUGUAGUCAGAUUAAUGCAAAUAUUGCCAUUCUAGAGUUUUAUAUUCACUAAUUUUUAGUGUAAUUGAUUAUAUUGGUUACCAAUAAUAUAUUAUUCCGUUCCAUUACCAUUGGACUGAAUUAAAAAUACCAGACAUUUUUCCAGUUGACUUUCAUUAGACCCGAUCACACAAAUUUGUCUUAUUAUGUUUAGUUAUUCCUAAUUUUAAGAGGGGAAUAUUGAUGAUUCACCCUUAUAAAUUAUGUUGUUCAUAUGUUUUUACUUUUUAAAAUUAUUGAUUAAUUGUAUAUUUAUUCAUGUAUUUGCAUAUGCAUAUAAUAUGUUUAUGAACUAUUGAUUAACUAUUGAUUAAUAUUAUGUUAGAAAUAUAUAUAUAUUUUUUUUUUACUGUUCAUUUUACACAGUCAUUUUGGACUAAACAUACUUUGUAUAGACUCGUGUAAUUUACAAUUUUAUUAAUAUUUUUAUGAUAUGAAAAUCACAUAUUAAAUUAUUUUAUGAGAAACCAUUAAAUUACCAUACAUGUAGAGAUACAUUUAUUAUAUAUUUUAAUUAUCUGCGUUAAUGAGAAAAGGAAUUCCAAGAUUGUGUAUUAGUUUUAUAAGGUAUAUGUAUGAAGGCUCAAAUACGAAUGUAAGAUGUGUAAAAUAACAGAAUAUUUGGCGGCAGAUGUGCAUUAGGGAUCAGCCUUAAGUCCUUACCUAUAUUUGUUGUAAUAAAUUAAGUUACGAAAAAAAUACUAGGUGAUGUACAUGGUGCAUGGUGUUUACAGAUAAUAUAGUUUUGAUAGGAGAAAACCUCAAAGUUAACAAUAGCCUUAAUAAAGAAUGGAGAGUAACAUUUGCAGGAAAGAGACUGAAAAUAAGUAAUAGUGAAACAGAGUAUAUAGAGUAUGUGUUUAAAUUGUUUAGGGGAACAGAACAAGAUAUCUAAUAACAAUAAGCGAAGUUUCGAGUUUAGGCACCUAGAAUCUUUUGUACAAAACGGUAGCUUUGACGAGGAUGUAAAAUUCCCAACAAAACUUAAAGGUAAGUUCUACAAGUGUGGUAAGACCAAUCAUGUUGUAUAGUUGAGAGUAUGAUGGACAGAAAAAUAAAACAAAUUUGUGUAGCAAAACUGAGAAUGAUCAAGUGUAGAUGAGUGAAGUGACGGAAGAAAAAAGGAUAACGAAUGAAUAAAUAUAAGAUAACUUAGGUGUGGGCUUUGAAAAAUGAGAGAUAAUAGACUGAGAUGGUUUGGGCUUGCCAUGAGAGGAAUACCGAAAAAAAUGUGGUUGAAUGUGAUUGACAAAAAUAAGAACAGCCUAUACAUGCGAGGUAGGGGAUUGGAUGGAACAUAAGUUUAAGACGAGGGUGGUCAAUCCCAAAUAGUUAGAAUGAUGAAAUGGAAUUAUUUAAUAAUAUACAUUUGUACGUAUUAUACACAAUUAUUGUUUUAAUAAUUUUCCAUUUUUAUAAAUAAAUUUGUAAUGUUAUGCAAGGCAAAACUUGUCAAUAGUUUACUUAUAUAAUCUCGAUAUUAGUCAAUAAGUUUGUUAUCUUUUCAAAGUUGAGGUAAGACCAAUUAUAUGGUCUUUGUAAGAACACGAUUAAUCAGAUCCUCAAUAUUUAGUUAUAUAUACAUUUUAUUAUGUAUUUAAUAUAGGCCAAUUGUGUGUUAAAGCCCAAAUGUAAAUAAAACAUGCAAGAUGCUCACUUACAAUGAUAUAAUAAAUUUUAAAUGAAAAUAUAGAAUAAUAUUUCAUAUUUUAUAUUUUAUUUAAAUAGAAAUAAUAGUUGUUGAAAUUUCAAGUCAUGCUGUUUAUACCAUUAUAUACUAUUGUUAUACGAAUACGUGGUGCAUGGAAUAAAUGGCGUAAUAUAUAGUUGAAGCACUGUAAAGCGUUAUUUUUAAAGACUCCGCUACCGGUAUUUGAUUUCAAUAAAACACGUUCAGUUUUCAGUCUGCACUCAACAGUUUAGUACAUUCUAUUGAAUAUUAUUAUGUUUAAUUUAAAUAAUUAAAUAUUAAAUAAUAAUUUGUUACAUUUUUUAUUUUCAUAAUUUUAAAUAUACAUAGAAUUUACAAGUAAAUUUAUAAUGAAAGAAUUUAAAUGGAAAAUAUAUAAAAUUUUUUUAUAUUAAUUAAAAUAUAAUAAGUUUUUUUUUAUAAAUAAGUUACUCCUUAUGAUUGUACAUAUUUUAAAUUGUACAACCACAUUGACCUUACUUAUUAUCAAAAUUAUUUAUUUAUUGUAAAUACAAUAAAAUUUAAAAAAAAAAAAGUUACCAGGAAACGCCACUGACAGAGGUUUUGUUAGGUAAUUUAUUCUGAAAAUAUGACUUGGGGAGAACUAGAUUUAUCUCUUUAAAAACAAUGAAGAAUAAUGAAAUUACAUCGGAAAAGCUUUAUUCAUUAUGUGAUAAGAUUGUUAAAUAAAAACUUUGUGGUUAAUAAUAAAUAUUUCUCUAGUUACAAUUGAAUAAAGUAUGUAGCAUUGGUUCAAAAUUUGUUGAAUUUUCUUUUUUUUACAAUUAUUUAAAAUGAUUACAAUUUUUAAUUAAAAUUUACAAAUACACGUUAAUUGAACGUCACUUAGAAUCAUUUCUUGUUGUGUAAAAAUAUAUGGGAUUAUGAGAGAUGUGUGUACAUCAGAUAUCAUUAAUAGGUAUAGGGUUACCAAAAAUCCAUCCCAAAUUAAGAAUUGUACUUAAUUUCUAUAAUGUCCAUUUAUUUUCACCAUAAUUUUCAAAAGUAUAGCCUAAAAAUAAAUAACUUUUUUUUUUUUUAUGCAAUAAUGAAAUAUUUUAUCUAGUUUCCAGAAAAUAGUUUGUUAUUCUAGUCUCGUUUGUUGAACAAAAAUGAAUUCAGAAAUAUAGACAUUUAAUAUUGUAAAAUUGUUAUUGUAUUUAUAUUUUUUAAUUCCCAUAAAAAAAUAUUGUAAUUAAUAAAUCUGAUUCGUCUUUUUUUGAUGGGGGAAGAUGAUAUCCCAAAAUAAAUGAGAUUAUAAACAUUGUAAAAAGGUUUUUUAUGAAAAAAAAAAAAAUAAUAAUACAUGUUACUUUGUAAGUAUGGCAUAAUGAAUUGUACAAUACAAAUUAGGAAUGACCAUAGGCUAUAAAUCUGCGUUUAUUUAGAUAAAAGUACAUCAUAAUUGAUAGAAUACCUACAAAAAGUUUUUAUUUGAUCCCAUUUCUUAAUUUCGUCAGCCACCAUGGCUAAUGAAUAAAUAUUUUAUAACUUCACAAAAUGCCAUUUAUCAACUG